ACAUGUAGUGUUUUGAGUCAGUUCGCAAUCACAGCCACAACCCACAGUUUAUACAGUUUACCAAUAUAUCAGGGAAAAAUGAAGCCAAUUCCAUCUUUCGAGUUCAUCUUGGAAGACAGUCCUGUUUGUCAUCAGUCACUAAAAUACUGGAAUCAGAAAUCGAAAGAGGUGAGAAAAGGCAUUAAUCUUGUAGCAACAAAUCUUGACAAAUAUCAUUCAACUGGGCUGAAUCAUAAGAUUGCUGGAGAUGGACUGUCAGAUGCAUUGUCAAGUGCGGCAAAAGUCUUUAGAGAUGACAAAUUCAUGGAAGAACCCCUCAACAGGUUUUCAGAUGCUGUGAACAGGAUUGAAUGCUACAGAGAAAUGCUGCUCAAUCAGACAAGUAUGCUUGGUGUUCAACCACUUAUGGAUAUUGCCAAGUACAUCAAAAAGGCAAAGGAACUGAAACACCAAGUGACAAAAGCAAAUGAGACACUACAUCUGGCCUGGGACAAAUUUUCAAGCAUUCCCAACCAGAAAAAUCUACAAGAGCCUGGUGUGCUUGACAAAGCUGCUCAUGUUAUGUUGAAUGCCAAAGAAAACUACCAACAGAAGCUUGCAAAAUACAUCCAAGUCUUAAGAGAGAUUCAUACUGUCAAGAAGUUGAUGGUUCUGCGAAAAGUUCUUGAGCAUAUGCUGGCACAAUAUUCAUUUUUCAAUUUCAGCUACCAGGUCCUGAAAGAAACUGAGCCUUAUAUGACAGAAGUUUUUGAUUCAUUAACAAAACAGUUGGAGAAAUUUGAGAUACAAGUUAAAGAUGACAUUUCAACCAGAGAUGAAAUAAUGAACAAAAUAGAAGAAGAAGUAAAGAUGGAGAAAAGGGCAUUUCCAGAAGGUGCUGGACACACAGGAUCAUCUGCAAUGCAUGCCAUUAAUGCAAGUACAGGGAGAUUUUUCACCAAGUUUGGAGGAAUGAUAGCAUCAGGGGUUCAAGGCGUUCGAGGGAAAACGUCAAAGGAUGGACCUACCAAACCGGAACCAGAUUGGGAAGUGAUUGAUGAACCAAGCAAGAAAGUCCACAGUGACAGUGUUUUAUCGAAAGAAGAGCAAACUGGAUUUGUUAGCAAUGCAGGAGAGCUCGAUGAUGGCACUUCCAAGGGACAGAGCAAAUCUUCUCAAUUUUAUUUGUCGAUCGAUGAAGCAAGUAACAACGUCGUGGUAAAAAGUGCUGAUCAGUUAGGCGCAUCGAUGCAGAAACCAUCUGAAGAUGGAACGCUGACAGAUGCUCAAGUCGAAGAGCACCAUAGGGCAAUGAAUGACGAUAGCGUUGUAAGUUUAACAGACCUGCUUGAGGCUGCUAGCCAAGACGAGGCCGUAUCAAGGCCACGUGCUGAUAGUGUAGAUCCACAUUACAAGAAAGGCUAUUUGAGAAUAAAGCAGAAAGGGACGAUCAGGAAUCGAUAUCCUUUAGUGUACAUAAUUGUUGACAAGAAGCAAGGGAAUAUCCUAGCCCAGGGAGAUGAUCAGGAGGAAGCAGACCUACUCACGAAUCUCACGCUCUCGACAGUCAAAGAAUGUGUUUCUGAAGAAACAGAUCGCAAUUUUUGUUUUCAGAUAAUCACGGCCACAAAAGAAUUUUCAUUCCAAGCACAUUCAGCCCAAAAUAUGAAAGAAUGGAUGCAAGCAAUCCAGGAAGGAGUUGGUGCUGCGUUGAAUCUGUCUCAGGAGAGGAUUAGAACUUUAGUUCGGUCAAAGACCCAAAGGGAAGCAAAGCUUGCGAAGGCACCUGUUGUCCAAAAUGCAGCUGAAAGAAUCAGAGCCGUUGAAGGAAACAAAGAAUGUGCUGACUGCUCAGCACCAAGACCUGAUUGGGCAAGCACAAAUUUGGGUGUUGUGUUUUGCAUCGAAUGCUCAGGUAUGCAUCGGGGAAUGGGUGUCCAUAUAUCGAAAGUAAAGUCUCUGACACUUGAUCGUUGGCAUGAAGAUCUGGUCAAACAUAUGGAAGAGCGAGGUAAUGCACGCGUGAAUAAAGUUCUAGAAGGGAAAAUUGGAAACAUCGUCAAGCCGACGCGUAACUCAUCAAAGGACGAGAGGCGAAAUUUCAUACUUGCAAAGUAUGUGAACCGAAGAUUCGCGAUUCCAUCAAACUCAGACGAAGUUGAUCUUGGAGAUGAACCUGUCGAUUCUGAUAGCAGCACUGAAGAUUUCAAUGAAAAUCUUUCAAAUGAGAACGACGAUGAAGUGAGUCUUUUUGGUUCGUCGAUUCACUCUGCCAUUGUUUGUUUAGUGCAAGGCUGUCAGGAUUGUGAAAAGCAAAAGGUAACGAUGCAGCAUGGAGGAGACGUCUUCGAAGACGAUUUGUCAUCUAGGCCGGCCUCAAAACAAACUGAAGAUGAAGACGAUGAUGAUGAUGAGAAGAACAGUGCAUCUGAAAAGUCUUCUAUUCAAGAGGAGAGCAACUUUUAAAAUGAAAUAAGAAACAGUAUUAUCUAUUUACAAUUAUCUAUUGGACUCUUAUAGGGAAAUUAUUUAAUUUUAUGAUCGAGCCCCUCCAAGGCUUCCUUCAAGGGUUUUUCGAGAUGUUGAUAUUUUUGCUGCUCCUUUUCGCGCAUGCGCUGUCGCAUGUUUGGUUCGUUGGCACUUGAUCGUGGGUAAGAUGAGGACAUGGCGUCGUAGAUCAAUUUCGUGGAACUGAGAUUGGGCGGGAAUUCUUAUGUCUACUGUUAAUAUCCAAGUUCAUAUUUAAAUGGCAGUUCAUCACAUUUAAUGGUAAAAAUAUUCAGAAAUCAAAAGAGAUUUUGCAGUGCCAUCCACUAAUGGAGGGGGAUGGGGGGCUACUAUUGUUUCAUGUAGAUUUCUGUACAGGAAACUGGGAAACCUUAGAUAAUGCAGGAAUAGGGGAGAUGUACUCCACAAAAUAAAAGAAAUGGUUCUAACCAGAAAUAUGGAAGUUCGAGUAAAACUUUAAAAUCCCCACUCUCAUGGUUUUUCUUUCCAAAAAGCAACUGUUUGUAAGAAACUGUAGUCGCUUUUUCAAAAGAGAAUCGAAGCACUCCUCAGAUAGGUCUGGAGUCGUUUCAAAGCUGACAAAUUGCUUUCAAAUAAAGGAUUCUGCCUCCCGUGCUUGCUUGCUACGUUUGCGAAGCGUAGUUUUGGCAUCCAAAUAGUUCGUCUCAAGAAUCAGCGUGAAAAGUCUUUCAGAAAGUUAACUUUCAUUUUUGCAUUCUAAUCUUGAGAGUCGCUCGUGUAAUAGAAUCGAAAAAGUUAUUUUUGUUUGUUACAAUGCGAAUAGCGCAGAUUUUAUUUUUUGGUAAAUUCUCUCAAGAAAUAGAAUUAAGCAUCUAUUUAUGUAAUUCAUUAUCAAAAAUUGUUUUUAUUUAAUUUAUCUGAAUAAUAAGCUAGAGUUUGUUAGCGGAUUUAACUCGCACUGGAGGUAGAUCAUGGAUGAGUUCAAUCGUGGCAGAGAAGACAUGUCUUGACUAGACUUGUAAAUGCUGCCUUUUUGGUCCCUAAAUAACCUUAUUGAUCGUUUUCAUUGAUUUUACUUCACGUUUUGAGUCAUUCUAAAGGGGAAACUAAAAUUCAAUCAUCAAUUGAUGUAUUAGGAUAUUAUUCUGAAAUCAAUUAAGUUUGAAUG